AUGGGAUAAGAAAAUUCAAAUACAAAACUGAGUUAAAAUAUUAUUGUUUUUGGAGUCAACUUGUUACUAGAUGAAAAGCUUAUGGGUUCUGAAUGGUAAAAGGAUUAAAGUAUAUUUAACCAUUUAUUUUUAUAGUUAAUUGGUGUCAAGAUUUUACAUUGUACAAAAACAGUAUUGAGAAACCUAACUAACUUUUGUGGUGUCCCAAAUAAUGUGAAAUAAUACAGCAAACAGUUGAAUCUAUAAUUUUAAAUAUAGAAUUUGAGGGAGUAUUAUAUGUUUUUGAGCACACUUAAGAUCAAUUUAUUUUGAAUGAACAUAGAAAAUUGAUAAAGUGGUUAAUGAGUGAGGAUUCUAUGAGAUAAUGUUCAUUAAUUUUGUUGUGUGUGUCUAAAUCAAAUGAUCUAGCAAUUAAUAUAAAAUCAUAAAUGGAAAUAGAAUUAGAUUUGGAAUCUAUGGAUUCUAAAUAAGCAAGACAUUUGAUAAUUAAAUAAAAAGAUAAGGAUAGCAAUUUAUAAUUUAAAAAGAUUAUUUCACAAUUGAUUAAAAUGAAGAAUGAUUCAUGA